AUGAUGAUGAAAUCAGCGGUGAUUUUGGCGCUCAUUGGAGCUAUACAAGCUCAUGGACACGAAGAUAUCGAUCCAGAUACACCCGAUAAUUAUAUAGCUCAGCAUAUGGCAUCAGAGCAUCACAUUAAUGGAUUCGAUUUGGUAUCUUUCUUCAAACUACACGACUUAGAUAGGGACGACCUACUGACAGGUCCAGAGAUAGAAGCUAUCUACGGUUUACAUCACUAUGAAUCUACAGGUAAUUCUAAGUCUGAUGAUGAGCAUUCUAAAAAGGUCGAGUAUGUUAUUACAGAAGUACUCAAGUCAUUGGAUGACAACGGAGAUGGUGUUAUCACUCUGCGUGAAUUUAAGAAUGGUGGUGCCGAGGGUUUGCCUUCAUUCCCUGAAUUGGGUGGAUUGGGGCAUCAUUAUGACGAGGAAAGCGAGUAUUUCAUUCAUCAUGAAGAAAAAUAUCACUCCACACCGGAAACUCAAACAGACGAAUCUUACAACCACCCAGAAGACAUUAAGCACUUUGCGAACCACGGACACAUUGACCACGAUGAGGACAGCAAAGAAGCAAAAUUCUUGAGUGCCCAAUCAGUCGAUCAUGACGCUCAUGAUGACGGAAUCCAACAUAUAGUGGACGAUAACGGCAAUGAACCUCAGGAGUUGAAGAAUGAGAUACCAGAACAAGAACAGAAGAAGCCUGCUGAACCACUCGGACACGUCAGUGGUGCGGACAAUUUACGCAAAAUACACGACUUCGUUACUCAAGCGAAGAAUGCAGGUCAAUCGAAGUGGGGCGAUGGCGAUAAUGGAUAUGCACAACCAAAAUCACAUACAGACAAGGCAUCUCGGAAAAAUUUACCUUACAAAUACAGAUUCUCGAGACCUUACAACCGUGAGUUGUAAACUUUAUGAAUAUCAUAAAUGGAUUUAUAUCGACAUUUUGUUUUAAAUUUUUUUCAUUGACUUGAGUUGUUUU